AUGCCGACCGCGUCUGCCGGCGAUUCACCGGCCAGGGGGUCCGGCCCCCAGCCAGCUUCAUCCUCCCCCGCAGGGAAGUCGGCGACAGCACCAGCAGGGCCUCCGCCCCUGCCAGCACCGGAAGAGUCCAGACCUAGAGGUCCGGAGCCAGAGGCUGCACCCCAAGAGGAGGCUGCCCGGCCUGCUGCGAUAGCCGAAGUGCCAGCUGUGGCGGCACCGUCAGACACCAUGGCGGAGGCCCCUCCAGCAGAGCCGGCUGUAGAGGAGGCCGUGGCGGCGGCAGAGGCAGCAGCGCCGGAGGUCGCCAGCUCCGCCCCACCACCCGUGCAGGAGGAGGAGCCGGAGGUGGUGUACGGGAGGCGCCUUCUUCCGAACCCGGUGGAGAUCCCUCUUCCCCGCCUCCUGAUCAAGGCCCAGUGGGCGCAGGAGGAGGCAGCGGCGGGCUUCCGCCAGGAGUGGGAGAAGCUGGAGGCAGAGCGCCUCUGGCUCUUCGACUGGGAGCUUCGCCUGGGGGACCGGAUCAAGACAGUCUCCUCCUGCCACGCCGAGGAGCACACCCAGCUCGAGCAGGAGCGCGAUGACCUGCAGGAGCAGCUGCAGAAGGUCCUCGAGCGAGAGGCGGCGGCUGCCCAGCGAGACAGAGCGGCCGUCCGGCGGGAAGCAAUGGUCAUCGAGCGGAAGCUGUGGCUGGAGGAGAGGUCGAGGGUCGCCCUCGAGCUGACCAACCACGCCAAGGCGGUGCUGAAGCUGAUUGAAGAGCAGCGCACCGCCCUCGCGGAACGGGAGGCGGCCGUGGCGAAGGGGGAGGCCAACCUCGCCGUCCACCAGGAACUUGAGCGUUAA